AAUAUUAAAAAAAAAUUAAUUAAUAAAAUAACUCGGCGAAAUUAAAAACCCUAAACUAGGAAACCAAACCCCCUCUCUCUUUUCUCCAGCCACUGUCUGUAAUAACUAAAUCUCACCAUCAGAUUCAAUCUCUGCCGUCACUCUUCCUUAAUCCAACGGCUCAGAUUUCUCCUCUUCUCGUGCUUAUCAUUCCCCCUUCUUUCUCUCACUUUCUCUCUCCUCACUCCUUACACACUUCCUCUUUCUCUCUCUUAAAUUCACAACAAUGGCGAUAAACCUUUUUCUAGGGAUUUUUCGAUCUCCCCCCAACAUUUAACCUAAUUUUCUCUCUCCCCCUUUUUUGAUUUUCCCCCAAAUUCAAGCUCAAAUUCGCUAUUUAAAAACCUCAACUUUUAAUUUUUUUGUGGGUAUUGAUUGUUGUUGGAAGUGGAUGGAAUGAUAACGGAGAGUUAUUCAAAGAUGAGUUCAGAAGUUGGAGUUCGAUCGAUCGAUUAUGGCGAUGAAUUAGUAGGAAAAGAGUUAGGGAUUCUUCUUCGGGAAAGGGAAAGGGAUAUGGAAAGAGGGUUUGACAUUUUCCGAAGUCCGUCGGCGCCGCCGACCGUCGACGGUUCAUCCAUCGCCGGAGGUUUGAACAGAGAAGUGACGGAAGAAGAGCUGAGGUCUGAUCCAGCUUACAUUAAUUACUACUAUUCCAAUGUCAAUUUAAACCCUAGGUUACCGCCGCCAUUGUUGUCCAAGGAAGAUUGGAGGUAUGCGCAGCGGUGGGGCGGUGGUGGGCCUGGGCCUGGGCCCGGGCUUGGUGGGAUUGGUGAUAGAAGGAAGGUUAGCAAUAAUAAUAAUAAUAAUGGAAAUAAUAUUAGAGGUGAAGAGUUUAAUGGAAAUAAUAAUAAUAAUAAUAAUAAUAAUAAUAAUAAUAAUGGUAGUAAUAAUUAUAAUGAUGGUAAUGGUAAUGGUGAUAUUAAUAAUAUAAAUGGGGGAAAUUCAUUGUUUUCCAAAGGGUUUAAUGGGCAGAAAGAGGAUGAGAAUGGCCAGAAUGAAUGGAGUGGUGUUGGGUUGCCUGGGUUAGGGUUAGGAAGUAGGCAGAAAAGCAUUGCUGAAAUUUUCCAGGAUGAUCUGAUUAACUCCAACUCUUCUGCAAGAAUUCCUUCUCGUCCUGCUAGCCGCAAUGCUUUUGAUGAGAGCAUUGCAACCUCCGAGGCUCAAUUGGCUCCUAUGUCCUCAACCGAUGCUAUGCGCGUCGGUGGGAAUAUCCAAGGCAUUUCAGCAGCCCACAACGGUGAUGGUUCAGCUUCUCUUAGUUAUGCUUCUGCUCUGGGUGCUUCCCUGUCAAGAAGCACCACACCUGAUCCUCAGCUCAUAGCCAGAGCUCCUAGUCCUAGGAUCCCCACAGCUGGUGAAGGGAGGGUUAACUCUAUGGAGAAAAGAAGCAUCAACAGUCCUAGUUCUCUGCACGGUACUUCAAAUGGCCCACAUGCUGCUGGGGAUCUUGUCGCUGCUUUGUCUGGCAUGAGUUUAACAUCUGAUCCUCAGAUGGAGGAGGAGAGGCAAAUGAGGUCGCAAUUUCAGCGUGGGAUUGGUGACCAACGAAACCUUUACAAUUUACAUGGUGAACAUAAUCAUGUUAAACAGAACUCUCACUUGAAUUCUGCUGAAUACAAUCCUUUCCAGCAGCAGUCUUUUUCCCAUCCAGCUAAAGGUUCAUAUUCCACCAAGGGAAAAGGUAGUGGUCUUGGAAUGGAUCAAAACUAUUACUUGAGGUCUGAUGGAUUUGACCGCAGUCCAAACUCACCUUCUAAUUUUCACAGUGUUGGUAGCCCAAGCUCGGCCAUUCCAAAUUACAGUCUAAGUGGGCACAAUAUCAAUCCUGCAUUGGCGUCAAUGAUGGCAGGUCAGCUUGGCAGUGGAGCGUUGCCACCUUUGUUUGAAAAUGCUGCUGCUUCAGCCAUUGGUGUGGGUGGCUUGGAUUCCAGAGCAUUGGGAGGUGGUGUAUCUUCACGAGUAAACCUGAUGGCUGCAGCCGCAGAACUGCAAAAUCUCAACAGAGGGGGGAGUCAAUCCCAAUUGGACCCCUUAUAUUUGCACUACUUAACAUCAAAUGAUUGUACUGCUGCUCAGCUCGCGGCUCUGAAUGACCCUUCCAUUGACGGGGGCAAUUCUUACAUGGAUUUGCUAGCUCUUCAGAAAGCUUAUUUGGGAACAUUGCUGUCUCCCCAGAAAUCAGAGUGUGGUUGGCCUUACCUUGGUAAAUCUGCCGGAAUGAAUCAUGGUUAUUAUGGCAAUCCAGCUUUUGGGAUUAACACAGCUUAUGCUGGAAACCAUCUGUCAAAUUCACUUAUGCCCAACUCUCCUGUUGGACCUGGUAGUCCUUUGAGACAUGGUGAGAGGAAUAUGAGAAUGCCUUCUGGGAUGAGGAACUUAGCUGCAGGCAUGAUGGGGAAUUGGCGAUCAGAAACUGGUGGCUUUAUGGAGCAUAGUUUUGGUUCUUCACUGCUUGACGAAUUUAAAAGCAACAAGACUAAAUGUUUUGAGCUCUCUGAAAUUGCUGAUCACGUGGUUGAGUUCAGUGCUGAUCAAUAUGGGAGUCGCUUUAUCCAGCAGAAACUUGAAACAGCCUCAAUAGAGGAGAAGAACAUGGUUUUCCAUGAAAUAAUCCCGCAAGCUUUGUCUCUGAUGACAGAUGUAUUUGGUAACUAUGUGAUCCAAAAGUUUUUUGAGCAUGGAACUGCAUCCCAAAUUAGAGAAUUGGCUGAUAAGCUCACUGGUCAUGUUUUAACACUAAGCCUGCAAAUGUAUGGCUGUAGAGUAAUCCAGAAGGCUAUUGAAGUUGUUGAUUUGGACCAGCAGAAGAAGAUGGUUGUGGAACUUGAUGGCCAAGUGAUGCGCUGUGUACGUGAUCAAAAUGGAAAUCAUGUCAUUCAAAAGUGCAUUGAGUGUAUUCCUGAAGAUGCUAUCCAGUUCAUCAUAUCAACUUUCUACGAUCAAGUUGUGACUUUAUCAACCCAUCCAUAUGGGUGUCGAGUCAUCCAGAGAGUUCUAGAACACUGCAAUGAUGCAAAAACUCAACGUAUAGUGAUGGAGGAGAUCAUGCAGUCUGUUUGCAUGUUGGCACAGGAUCAGUAUGGAAAUUAUGUUGUCCAGCAUGUACUGGAGCAUGGAAAGCCGCAUGAACGCUCUGCUAUAAUAGUCAAGUUGACUGGGAAGAUAGUUCAAAUGAGUCAGCAAAAAUUUGCUUCCAAUGUGAUAGAAAAAUGCCUCUCAUUUGGGGAUGUAACAGAGCGUCGUAACAUGGUGAAUGAAAUGCUUGGAGCUACCGAUGAUAACGAGCCGCUUCAGGUGAUGAUGAAGGAUCAGUUUGCAAACUAUGUUGUACAGAAAGUGCUGGAAACUUGUGAUGACCAGCAACUUGAAGUGAUCCUCUCACGAAUAAAGAAUCAUCUGAAUGCACUGAAGAAGUAUACAUAUGGAAAGCAUAUUGUUGCUCGUGUUGAGAAACUUGUUGCAGCUGGAGAGAGGAGAAUCAGUUUGCAGACUCCCUACCCUGCUCCGAUGGCAUAGAAGAGAAAGGUGCUGUACAGCUAACCGAGGCUAGUUUGAACGUGGCUCUCUACCCUUUGUUUUGUUUUAUGCCUGCCGGUAGCUCCUGUCUAUUUAUUUAGGUUGGACUGAGAGCUGAAUGAAAAAUAAAAGCUGGUUGUACUUGUAAACCUGUAAAUUGUAGCGUUUUUUGUUUCCUGAGGAUAUAUACCUAGAAAAACAGGUUAGGUUGAGGCUCAAAUGGUACAAGAUACCUGAUGCCCCUCCCCCCUUGCCGAGAGAGUAAAAUUUACUGUACAAGUUUCGAGGGUGUAUAGAGAAAGCUAGUGGUCGUGGAGGUGGUAAAUUUGUGACUUGUGACUGUACAGAAUGUUGCUAGCUGCAGAAAGAGAGCCUUUGUGUUAGAGUUGAGGCUAUAAGUUUUCCUUUUGGUGUAUCAGAUGGAUAAUUCCUUCUUUGAAAGAACAAUUUUCUCAUAUGAUUGAGCUUUCCUGUUUUCU